AUGAUUGCGGAGACCACUCCGAAGAGGUCAAGGCUGAGCAUAUCCAUUGAGGACGACGACGAUGUUGAUGAAGAUGCCAACAAUAAACCGGAAGGAAGCAAGAUUGCAAAAGAAAGAAAGAAGAGGAAUGUAUUCAGUGGCACUUACAAGGAUGAACUUGUGUCAAUGAUCGAGACGAAGGUGUUGGCGGCCGAACACAAAGAAGAAAAGGUGGCGAGGUGGAAUGAGCUCAAGGCCUUCGAGGAUGAGAAGUGGAAGACCAAGAUGGUGGCCGAAGAGAGAAAGUUGAAGGCCGAGGAGCGUAGGUUUGCACUUGAUGUGGAGAGGAUUCGUGAUCAAAGCUCAUCACCACCACCACCAACAAGCAAAAAACACUCAUCCAUCCAUCCGUCACCAGAUCGAGCCAAGAAAGAUCCAAGAAAUUUCCAAAUUGAGGACCAAAGGAGAAGAAUUGUUGUCCAUCUCUUCUUCCAUCGCUCCACUCACCUUCUUGAUCUCCAGCUCGCUCUUGAGCAGCAACUUCGAUUAGUUGGAGCAAGAACCUCCCAUGGAGCUGUUCCCCCGGCAGCCGGACCUGGCGCUGCAGAUCAGCACCGCCAGCUCCUCCUCGCCGCCGGCCGCCCCGACGGACAGCUGGGGGAGGCCGGACGCCGCCGGCACCACCGGCAUGGAUCACUUCAGCCACCACCUAGGGUUUCUGCGAGCCAGUCAGCCAGUGCCACCGACAUCGCCAACAAAGAUGCCACGCCGCCGUCGGCAUGGACGCCGCUGCCUUCCGCCGCCACCGCAGCGAGCUACUCCAACCACAUCAGCAACCACUACCACCACCGGAUGAACGCCUUGCUCAAGCCUAUAAGAGGGGUUCCCAUCUACCACCACCACCCCUCCUUCCAGCAGCUCCAGCACCAGCACAUGGCCAUGGCCUACCGGAGCAGCGGCGGCGGCUUCUUGUCGUCGAGGUCGAGGUUCCUGCCCGGGCGGCGGAGCGUGAGGGCUCUGAGGAUGCGGUGGACGACCACGCUGCACGCGCGAUUCGUGCACGCCGUCGAGCUCCUAGGGGGGCAUGAGAGUAUGUACAUAUGCAGAUUUUGUUACUAGCUAUAUAUGACUGGUUGUGCUUAAUUUGCAACAUCAUUAGUCUCCAUUGUUGAGUCAACCAUGGUCUCGGACGCAUGCAUGCUGCACCAACGGGCAGUACCUUCCUUGGCCUGUAAGGAAGUGGUACUUACCUAGCAAUUUCCUAGUGAGUUUCCUUAGCCGGUGCAAGAGACUUGACCGGAAGUCUUGGUGUGGUAAGUACGUGGUAGUUUCGAGUGUGAGUGCUGAGCACCUCCAGCCGGGCCUAUAUAAAGGACCCCAGGUCCUUCGGUUGUAAUAAGGCCAUUUCAUUUAUAUCCAGCGCCAGAACAAAGAAGCAAGCUAGCUUCUGUAGCGUAAGUAGUAGUAGUGCUAGUACAGCUCUAUCACUUGUAUCUGUGUUUGAGUCCAGAAUAUAGCAAGUGUGUGC